CAUUACACAAACCAACCCUCGCCAACCAUGCAAGAAAUAGACGUCCACUACCCCCCAGAAGCCUGUCCCUUUUGCACCAUCGCCGCCGCGCAUCCCUGUCCCCCGGACCUCAGCACCGCCCCGGCCUCGCUGUGGCGCAGCGCAGACGAAAAGCAGCAGGAUGAACUGCACAGCUGUGUUCCUGCCGACGACGAGACGGAGCCGACUAAAACUAGUCCGAGCAGCUUUGUCGUCCUCAGAAGUAGAGAUGUGGUGGCGUUUUUGGAUAUUCUGCCAAUGACGGGUGGCCAUUUACUCGUUACCACGCGCCAGCACAAGGUCAAAGUCGCUGAGAUGGAGGCGGUGGAAAGUAGGGAAAUGGGUUUCUGGCUUCCGAUUCUCGCGCGAACAGUGGCAAAAGUCACGGGUGUAACGGACUAUAAUAUUGUUCAGAAUAAUGGCGCAAGAGCCGCCCAAGUCGUACCCCACGUGCACUUCCACAUCAUCCCGCGCCCCGCCAGCAUGCCCGAGAUCAAGAAUAAAAGCUGGACCAUGUUUGGCCGCGGCCAGCGCGACGACCUGGAUGACGAUGAGGGGGCUAGGAUCGCGGGCGAAAUGAGGAGUGUGUUGAGGGCUGAGCUGGAGAGGAUGUGUGUUGGUGAGGGGGCCAAGUUGUAGGUGUAGUAGUGUAAGUAGUGUAGUGGGUGGGUUAGUUGUGUGUGUGUAUGUGUAUUUUUUUUCCCAAGUAUGAUGAAAUAUGGAUAUGAAGAUUGAAGACGUAGCAGAGAAGAAAUAAGUGGUGGUAGAGUAAUAAGUGGUAAUAAA